AUGCAGAUUAUUUUGUCUUUCGUAUUGGGCAUCCUCAGUAUUUUGGGUUCAAACGGUAAGAAGAUGAAAAUUGUAAUAGACACAGAUGACAUCAUGAAACUUUUCGAAGGGGUACUGAGUUCAAACACGAUAAAAAACUUUGCGCAACAACUCAUUGAAAGAGAUGUAGCGAGACGUUCGGGCUAUAAGAACCCUUAUCACCCAGAAGAUGACUUAGUGAACACGUUUGAUACUACUGAUUUGGUAAAACGAAAGGUUUCCAACGAUCUCCGAACAGAAAAAAAAGAUAGAACGAUUUCCACAACUCAAGCAGAUUCUUUAGAAAAACAAAACGAUGAUUAUUUCUUAAAUAAUGAAGUCUUAAGUGAUGAUGUGCUGACAGAAAAUGAAAUGCCAGUAAACUACACAGAUCUUAAGACAAACAAAACAGGUAUUAAUUCAAAAAUGUUUUCCACUUCAAAGAAACAAGUAACGACUCGGAAACCUGUUAAUGUGAUCGAAUUUAUUUCGAAUAGAGUGUCAAACAGGACAGAUGGCAAUCAGACGCAUCAGGAUGAUAGACAAAAUUACAAGCCUAGACAAACCAGAUUUAUGUUGGUAGGUAGAACAUAA